GAGGCCAGAGGGCUCGGUCGCGAGAGCCCAAGCUGCGUGAGGGUGUCCAGAGAGGUGGUCGGCGCCUCGGCGAGAGGGCUGCCGCGCUCGGGAGCGGGCAAAGGAAGCAGGAAGUUGGAGGGUGGCUAACGCUCGCCAGCGGGCGAAGGAAGCGGCUCGUCGACGGGUUGCGCUCCGGCACGCCGCGGGCGAAGGAAUCGGCUGGGGGAGGGGCAGCGAGCGGUGGUCAGCGGCGGCAGUCAGCAGGCUUGCGAGGCAACGUCGAGCGUGCGGCUGCUAGUUGACUGUAGGGAUUGGGUCGCAGCGGCGGAUUCGGCGGCGGCGUUGUGCAACUUUGCUGGCCAGGGUAGGCUGCAGCACUGCGGCAAGGGCAAGGGAAGGCCAUCACCGAACAGUGGUCACUUAAUCACUUACUUUCCUCCACUGGUGGUGUUGUAGACAUGGAUUUUAGAAAUCAUCAACCUUCUGCAAAUGCAACCGCUAUUAGUAUGGCCCACCUGGAUUUUCCUAGCGAAAUGCUUGAGGAUAUUGAUUCUGUGAAUCAAGUGAUGUCAGCAGAUUUUCCAUCGGAGGCUCCUAUUGAUAUUGAUAUGAGGGAAAUUUACUUUCUCAUUAUGCAUUUUUUAUCACAUGGUCCAUUUAAACGGGCCGUUGGAGAGCUGUGCAAUGAACUUCUGGAGCAUCAGCUGUUACCUAGAAGAUAUCAUCCUUGGUAUUCACGUGGUGGUUUUCAUAGUGGCGAAGAAAAUGAUGAUGGUGUAUCACUCCCUUUGGGUUACCUAAAGCUAGUUGAGAGAUACCCCCACAUUGGUAAAGACCACUUGGCGAAGCUGUUAAAGCAACUGAUGACGAGUUCCUGCCGCACAGACAGCUUGGUUAGAGAUGGGUCUCCAAAUGCUGCUGAUGUUCCAACGCUUCUUGGCUCCAACUCCUUUUCCCUUCUUGCAUCUGCUAGGUGCAGGCAAGAUAAGGAAACUCUCAGGCUGCCGAAGUACCUCCGGUGGCCACACAUGCAUGCUGAUCAAGUUCAUGGUUUAGGUUUGAGAGAGAUUGGUGGUUUCACUAAGAACCAUCGAGCUCCUUCUGUACUUGCAUCAUGCUAUGCCAUUGCAAAGCCAUCUACCUUUGUUGAAAAGAUGCAGAUUAUAAAGAGAUUGAGGGGACAUCAAAAUGCUGCGUAUUGUGCUACUUUUGACUGCACAGGAUGUUAUGUUAUUACUGGUUCUGAUGAUUGCCUUGUCAAAAUUUGGGCGAUGGAAACAGCAUUUUGUCUGGCUAGUUGCCGAGGCCAUGAAGGUGAUAUUACUGACCUCACUGUGAGUUCCAAUAAUGCCGUGGUAGCAUCUUCCUCCAAUGAUUUCAUUAUUAGAGUGUGGCGCAUACCUGACGGCAUGCCAAUGUCAGUGUUGAAGGGCCAUACUGGGGCUGUAACAACUAUUGCAUUUAGUCCAAGGCCAGGUGCUGCUUUCCAGCUAUUGUCGCCAAAUAGGGAAGCAAACUUUAAGAAAAGGCCAAAUAAGGAAUUCUCUCUUAAAGCAGUGGCGAAUCUAGGACGCAAAUGGAGGGUAGGUUCAACUUCAAAGACGCUCUUAAACGGCGCGCCUGGCCCCGCCAUCUGGCACCGCCGCGGUCUACGGCAAGGUGAUCCUCUGUCACCCCAGCUCUUCGUCCUCGCGGUGGACACCCUAGGGCGCCUGCUGCACCGUGCCACUGAGCUCGGCAUCCUACAACAACUGCACCCCCGCCGCUCAAUUCCCGUUGUCUCGCUCUACGCCGACGACGUGAUUCUCUUCUGCCACCCCUCGCGCGGCGACAUCGAGGCGGUAAAGAGCAUCCUGCAACUCUUCGGGCGCGCAUCUGGACUCCAGGUUAACUUCUUGAAGAGCUCUGCCACGUUGAUUCGCUGCGACCCUGUCGCGGCCACGCCCGUUGUCGACCUGCUUGGGUGCCCCAUUGUGGACCUGCCCAUCACCUAUCUGGGCAUCCCAUUGACAAUCCGGCGCCCAACUGCAGCCCAGCUACAGCCCGUCGUUGACAGGACCGCCGACAUGCUCCCGUGCUGGAAGGCGCGCCUCAUGAACAAGGCUGGUCGCCUCGCAUUUGUUAAAGCUGUCCUGAGCGCGAUCCCUAUUCACCAGCUACUCGUGCUCGCGCCGCCGAAGAAGACAGUCAAAGCGCUGGUGAAGAUCCAGCGAGGGUUCCUAUGGGCAGGGCGCGCUGAUGCCAAUGGCGGCAACUGCCAUGUCAAUUGGCAGCGUGUCGCGCGCCCAAUCUCAUUGGGUGGCCUCGGCGUCCGUGACCUGGAGCGCUCCGGCCUUGCGCUGCGCACGUGCUGGCUGUGGUUCAGCCGCACUGAUAACGCCAGAGCAUGGAGUGGCCUCGACCUGCAAUUCUCGGCGGAGGAACGCGACUUCUUCUUCGCCUCCACCACCAUGCAGCUCGGCAACGGCCAGCAGCACCGGCGCAAGCUACGGACCGUGGCCGACGGGCUGCAAGCUCACAAUUGGGCACGAGAUAUCCAUGGCGUGCUUGGGAUCCAAGAGGUUGGCCAAUACCUACAGCUAUGGCACAAGAUCGAGCACACAACACUCUACAAUGAGCCUGAUCACCUGCUAUGGAAGUGGACUGCAAGCGGCACUUAUACCGCGCAAUCGGCCUACAAAGCUACCUUCCACGGCUCCAUGUCAUGCGAUGCCUGGAAGCUCACCUGGAAAUGUUGGGCGCCACCGCGCGUCCGAUUCUUCCACUGGCUCGCCCAGCUCGAUCGCUGCUGGACGGCUGACCGGCUAGCCAGAAGAGGGUUACAGCAUCCCCCACGGUGCCCCCUAUGCGACCAGGAACCAGAAACCAUGCACCACCUCCUCCUCGACUGCCCAUUCUCCCGGCAGGUUUGGCACGAGGCCCUGGCCUGGCUGAGGAUGCCCUGUCACCCACCCGAUGGCGAGGAAUCACUCAAUGCUUGGUGGACCACCGCGAGGCAGACUACGCCGAAGCUGAUGCGCAAAGGCCUCGCAUCCAUGACCCUGCUCGUGCCUUGGAUGACAUGGAAGCACAGGAAUGGCUGCGUGUUUGACAGAGGUCCCCCUCGACCACUGGAAACACAACUUGCACCUUAUAGGAGAAAUAUUCAAGACCUUUUGUGCGACUCGGGUAUGAUACCGUACCCAGAGCCUUUUCAGAGCAUGUACCAGAAACACCGGUUAGGCACCCUGGGUAUUGAAUGGCGACCUCCCUCUGUACAUUUUGCUGUUGGGCCCACUUAUGAUGCAACCACUGGCGAGUACCAAACCAUCCCAGUUAUUGAUCCAGAUAGGUGGGAACCACUUCCAGAGAUAACAGACUUCAUCGAGCUUGAACCAGAAAAUGAAGUGAUCUCUGAUGAUACUGAUUCCGAGUACAAUGGAAUGGAUGACUAUUCUAGUGAAGGAGAACAGGAGUUUUGGGGUGGUCAUUCUUCUGGUGCUUCAUACUCAAGUCCAGAGAUUGAUGUAUCUAAUCAUAACAGUACUGCUAAUCUCCGCAGAUCUAGAAGAAAGAAGAAAAGAUCUGAUGCUGAUCUUAUUACUUCAUCUGAUCGGCGAGUUACGAAAAGAAAUUUGGAUGGGCAUAGUGUGGCUACACCGUCAAGGCCACAUAGAGGUAGGAAGUCUAAGACUGUACGUUCUACCAAAAGGAAAAGAUCUCCUAAAUAUAGGGGACUGCGACCUCAAAGACGUGCUACUCACAGCACACAUAGUUUUUUCUCGAAUAUUAAAACUUCAACAGAAGAGGAAGAUGGAUCAGCGAGCAGUCUUUCAGACAGCGGACUGAACACAGAAAGCACUGAAGCUGAGCAGUCAGCGUGGCAUGGCCUGCCAAGACUUGGUAGAGAGACCAACCAAUAUGAUUCCGAAGAUGUUACCCGACCUUCUCAGUUCACUGAAACUAAGGGAAAAAAUUCUGCAAACAGUAGAAAACUGAUUCUGAGGAUGCCACGCCGUGAUCUAAAAACUCAGCUUCCUUCAGAAAGUGCAAAUCCAGAACUCCCACCUCACUAUAGAGUGCUGUCACUUCCAGCAGCCAGAUACAAAGAUGCUGAGCCGGAACUAGCUUUUGAGCCUGGAAGCUCCUCUGCUUGCAAGUCUGAACCAGCUCUGGCCUCUGGUCUACAUGAUGUGUGUACUGUUCACAGUAAUGACGCAAUCAAAGUGGGUGAGCUUAAGCUGCGAUCUUCAAAGCAAUUCAAGUUCGGGGACUCUUCUUCAGGAGACAUGUGGGUCUCUUCAAAUAAUGCACUUUCACAGGAUGUUGAUGGGUCUGGUAGUCAUAAGACACCUCAUCAAUAUGAUAAUGGCAUCCAACAAACGGUUGAGCAGAAUAUACAAAAAAGACAACGUGCAAUUUAUCUGGAUAGCAUCCAUGAAAACCACAAUACUGAUGAUUAUAGUGAAGGUCAUUUACCUGGUAAAGAAUGGAUAGCUGACAACAAGAAUACUCAUCUAGAGGAAGAAAAUAACAUGGAACACAAACAGCAGUUCCACAGCACUCGGUCUAUAUCCUUUAAACUGAAGUUGUCCAGACCAAGAGGCUUUGCAGAUGGAGCAAGUUCAUCAGACAAAUCGAAGACUAGUGCAGUAGGGAGUGACAUCAACUAUGUUAAAGUUUCCAUGCAGCAUGAUGAGGCUUCUGCCACCAGUCAACAUAGGAGCAGUGGUUUCCCUAGUGUGUCGAGAAGUUUCCAGGACUUUGAAUCUGCGAAGACAUAUGGCGCAGUGUGCAAAAUGUCAGAGCCAAGUAAGCACAAGACAAAAUUGGGCUCGGAUGCCUUUGGAAAUGAACAUAGUACUUCUGUUUCCAAUGAUGAUGGUGGGCAUCAACCUCCAGACUGCAGUCCUAUUGCACCUACUGGUAGUUUACGAAGAAACAAAAGGAGGUCACGUGCAUACACUGAUUAUGGUAGAGGAAGGGGUGCAAUCUCUCAUGUGCAAAGUUCUUCCCUCGAAGCAGCAACUAGUGGGAGACGAAUUGUUGCAAAUGUGCGUGAAGUAAUGUGGGGAUCAACAUCAAAGACUGCUGAUAUAAAGUCUGCUAUGAACAAAAGAGAGAGUUGCCACUUUCCUGAUACACAUCUAUUGGAGAAAAAGCACCAAGUAUCAAGGUAUCCGUGGUUGAUGUUGCUAGAGCAUGAAGAUAUCUACCGUUAUAUUCCUCAACUUGGCGAUGAGGUUAUGUACUUGCGACAGGGCCAUGAAGAAUAUGUUAAUGAAGUGAAAUCAUUGGAGAAUUGCCCAUCGAAUUGGAUCAAAAGCCUUAAAGCUGCCGAGCUUUGCAAAAUUAAGGGUCUUGAUUACAAGCCAGAUAGAGGGUCUGGUGAAAGCUGCUGUGAAUUAACUAUUAAAUUCAUUGAUCACACUUCAAGCGGAUUUGGCAAAGAGUUUGUAAUCACAUUGCGUGAGCUAGUUACGUUCCCUGAUUUUCUUGUGGAAAGAACAUGGUUUGAAGCUACUACCACGUAUAACUGGAGCGUCGCUGAUAGGUGCAAAGUUUGGUGGAUGGGUGUGGGAGAGGAUGGAGGAAGUUGGUGGGAGGGACGAGUAUUGGACAUAAGACCCAGGUCACCUGAUUUUCCUGAGAGCCCUUGGGAGAAAUAUAUCAUACAGUACGAAAAUGAUGGUUCUGAACAUCCGCAUAGCCCCUGGGAGGUGCAUGAUGCUAAUAACCCAUUGGUUUCAUGGAAGCGUCCACAUAUCGCUCCCAGUACCAGGAACAAAUUAUUAUCAGCAGUUACCGGUUUACAGGAAAAGUCUCUCAGAAAUCAGGAUCGCUAUGGUGUUAUGAAGUUAGAUACUGCUGCAGGAAAAUCAGAUUUCAUAAACAGGUUCCCUGUCCAAUUCUCCAUUGAGGUGAUCAGAGCAAGACUACAGAGCGAUUACUACAGAACUCUGGAGGCUGUCAAACAUGAUGUCUCUGUGAUGCUUGCCAAUGCCAAGUCUUAUUUUUCAAAUAGCUGCGAAAUGACCAAAAAGAUCCGCAAGCUAUCUGAGUGGAUCCAAGAUAAGAUUCUAUCACUAUAGACUAUAGUCUAUAGGGGGAAGUGCUCUGUGCGUUGUUGGCAUUCUUGCCUUUUUAGCAGAAAUUUGUCACUCGUUCCGUGAGAUGAUUCUCCGCAGAAGCAUGUUUUUGUUAGAGGAAUGGGCCAAAAUAGUUGGCAGGUUGGGAGGAAUUUCUUGUGUAGCCCAACAUUUUGAAACUAUCUGAUCUGAUCCCAGGUUUACUGAUGCAAAUUGAAAUCCUGACAAUUUGACC